CUCAUUUGUGACGGGAACAGCCUGCUGUGGACAUACCUCACCUCUGAGAAUCUGGGACCUUGAGAGUGGUCAGCUACUCACCUGCUUAGGGACUGACUUCCACCGUGGAGCUGGAGUCCUCGAUGUCUUCUACGAAACGCCCUCCCUCCUCCUUUCCUGUGGGUAUGACACCUACAUCCGCUACUGGGACGUACGGGCCAGCACCAGGAAGUGUGUCCGGGAGUGGGAAGAGCCCCACGACAGUGCCCUGUACUGCAUCAGGAGCGACAGGAACCACAUGCUGGCCAGCGGCUCCUCUCACUACGGCGUGGUGCGCCUCUGGGACAAGCGGCAGGCGCGCUGCCUGCAGAGCUUUCACCUGUCCUCACCCACGAGCAGCCCAGUGUACUGCCUCCGUUUCAGUACCACCCACCUGUACGCUGCCCUGGCAUCAGCCCUGCACGUCCUGGACUUCACGGUGCCGUGAAGGGCACCGCAGCUGCUUCUGGUCACCCCAGCUCAGCAGAGUUGAGACAUGGCUCAGGGAAUCACAGGGUAGGAGAGUCACAGUUGCAGCCAAACCUCCCACCAGGCCCAUGGAACCACGGGGGAUCGUCAAAGCCUUUCCCAAAAGGAAGAAGGUGAGGGAGGACCCGGGGAACAGCAUCCCUCCAAAGAUCCCCAAAGAGGAAGGGAUGGAGACACCUGAUGCAGAGUGGCUGAAGCCGGUGACUGCCUACGUGUUGCAAGCUGGCGUGGGCCAAGCCCGGGCAGAGAUCUUCCACAAGCAGGUAGUGCAGAACGGAGGUGCUGUCUGCCACCGGCUCUCCUCGGACGUCACGCACGUCAUCGUGGCUGAGGACAUGGACUGUGAGCGGGCCUUUCGGCUCCUUAAACUCACCAAGCUGCCAUCAGGGCUGCAGCUGGUGAAGGCGUCCUGGCUGAGUGCUUGCAUUAGAGACCAGAAGCUGCUGAGUACUGCUGGCUACCGUGUCUUUGUCCCUCGCAGGUACCUGGAGGAGGGAGAAUUGCAGAAGCAGCAGCAGGUCCUGGGCAGUGAAGAGACCCAGCCCCCAGCAGAGGAGAGAGCAGUGAAACCAAAUACUGAAGCACAGCUUGGGGAUUCCUUGCAGCGAGGCCUGGGCACCCCUGGAGAGCAGCAACUGGCUGAGAAAGUCUCUGAUGGUGAAGACAGUGAAGGAGAAGAUGCUAGUGUCACCCAAGGAGAUCUGGAAGCAUUGAUUUCUGGCCACUACCCUGUGAAAUCAUCAGAGGAGACGAGUGACAGCUCUUCCACAGUGGCCCAGCCUGCCAGCAAGUGGGUUUGUGCCCAGUCCUCUGACAGCAAGAAGGAGAAUCACAACCAAUGCAUCACAGAGAAGCUGGAAGUGCUGGCAAAGGCCUACUCUGUCCAGGGAGACAAAUGGAGAGCUCUGGGCUACAACAAAGCCAUCAAUGCACUCAAGAGCUACCACAAGCCUGUCACUUCCUACCAGGAGGCCUGUAAAAUCCCUGGGAUUGGGAAGCGGAUGGCAGAGAAGAUCCUGGAGAUCUUGGAGAGCGGGCACCUGCGCAAGCUGGAUCACAUCAGUGAGAGCGUGCCUGUGCUGGAGCUGUUCUCCAACAUCUGGGGAGCAGGGGCCAAGACAGCUCAGAUGUGGUACCAGCAGGGCUUCCGGACGCUGGAUGACAUCCGCAGCAGGGCGGCCCUGAGCAGCCAGCAGGCCGUGGGGCUGCGGCACUACGAGGAUCUCCUGCAGCGCAUGCCCCGCGAGGAAGCUGCAGAGAUAGAGCACACCGUGAGACAAGCCGCCCUGGCCCUGAAGCCUGGGCUCGUGUGUGUGGCGUGUGGCUCCUACCGUCGGGGGAAGCCCACGUGUGGGGACGUGGAUGUGCUGGUGACUCACCCGGACGGGCAGUCCCACCGGGGGCUCUUCGGCAAGCUGCUCGACAGCCUCCGCGGGAGCGGCUUCCUCACGGAUGACCUGGUGAGCCAGGAGGACAACGGUGAGCAGCAGAAGUACCUGGGAGUGUGCCGGCUGCCCGGGCCGGCGCGGCGCCACCGCCGCCUCGACAUCAUCGUGGUGCCCUACAGCGAGUUUGCCUGCGCCCUGCUCUACUUCACCGGCUCCGCUCACUUCAACCGCUCCAUGCGGGCCCUGGCCAAGAGCAAGGGCAUGAGCCUCUCGGAGCAUGCGCUCAGCUCGGCCGUGGUGCGGGGCCCGGGGGGCGCCAAGGUGGCCCCUGGGCGCGUGGUGCCCACUGCCACCGAGAGGGAUGUGUUCCUGCAGCUGGGGCUGCCGUACCGCGAGCCCUCGCAGCGGGACUGGUGACGCGCGCUUGUCCCCGGGCACGUGCUGCUGCUUGGAAGGGUGAUGGUUUUCCCCGGGCUGCAAAGCCCAUGCAUCCCAGUGAAGGGGCUCCUGCUGCUGACAGAGUUGUGUGGCUUCUCCCAGCAGAGGCCGUGGCCUGGAGGCGAGCUGGAAGUGCUGCCUGAUGCUCCUGGCUGCCUGUCAGCUAUGCUGGCCUUACUGUCCCCAGGGGAGCUUCAGAAGGCUGGGCUGCAGAGCCCUGUGAUCCAGCUCUCCCAGACCUUGGGAACAGGGGAAAUGUGAUGCAUCUUCCUCUGUGAGCACAGACACUUUGAAAUCUCUGUCCUGAGCUGUGCCCUGGACCAGGCCUUCCCCCUCUUCCCCACUGCUGGCUGCUGCUACUGCAAGAGUCACAGAGUUCCUCUGUGCUGCUGCUGUGUCCAUGCUGUGUCUGAGCUGCCUUUUGUCCUCUGGUGCCAGGUGAGCCUUGCCAGAGGUGCAGGGCCCUGAUGUGCUGAGGAUCCUUGGGCACAUAGAGCUGGAAUCCCCUGGGCUGGCCCAGGGGGUUCCUUCCCCCGGGUACAGGAGAGGCACAGGUCUACUGAUGCUCAGGAAGGGUUUGAAUGUAAGAGCACUGAGGUCACCCUGCAGGGUUGUGUGUGUGGAUGGGUGGCACAGAGGCAGAGAGAAACACAAAGAUGUGGGUGAGUUCUAAUUUGGGCAAAGCAAAGCUUUCUCAGUUCAGCUGUGUGGAAGCCAUGGAGGCAUCUGGUCUUUGAUCAGAGCCAGUGUGUGUGUCUGUGUGCCUGUGUGUGAGAGUGUGUGUGUGUCUGCAUGGGUCUGUUGCUGCCCCUGUCAGUUCCAUGGGACUGAACUUGAUUUCUCAGGAAACCUCAACUCCUUUAUAUUCUGGAGAUGAAUUUCACAGACACUUUCAGUGCUGUUUCCAUUGAGGGUAUUGCAGUGGUUCCUCCUGGCAGAGGUGCCUUGGCUGCCCAAAGGCCGUGCUGGGGGCUGCUGUGCUGGGGCUCCCACUGCCCAGGCAAGGCCUGGCCCCAGCUCCCUUGUCUCAUUGGGGACUCUGUGCUGUGUCAUGUCUCUGUCACCUGCAGUGACAAGCUGUGUGUUGGCUGCUAGGGCAGGCUCAGGGCCUGAAACCAGCUGGGCUGGCAGUUUCUUGCUGCACAUCAGCAGUGGGGCUGGGCUGUUUGCUGGGGAGGCCCUGGCCCCAGCAGUGUCACUUGCCAGCCCAGCCUGAAGGAAAUGAAUGUCCUCUGGCA